AGAUGGAACAGACCUGUUUCACUUUGUCCAUGGACAUCAAACAUGGACUGAAUACCUAACACACAUGGAACAAGAUGGCGCUUGGGGUGAUCACGUGAUUCUGUGUAGCGCAGCAAACUUCUUUGAAACGUGCAUUCGUGUGGUCAGCAGUCUUUCCCAUAGCAGGGAUGUAAUCAUUACGCCACAUUGUCCUGUUGACGAUAGCAAACCACUUGUGCUGGGACAUAUUCAUGAGCUGCACUAUGUCAGCCUUCAACCCGCUCAAGAUGUGAUCCCCUUCUAUGUACUGGCUAGAGGAGAAUUUGCGCUAGAAGCAUACCAAAGAGGAUUACAAAGUGGCAGGACCUUUGACAAACGAACAAAGAUUUUAUUGAUUGGUCAGGAUAGUGUUGGUAAAACAAGUCUUGGAAAAAAUCUCCGAGGUGAAAAUUUCAAUCCACGUGAACCCAGCACUGAUGGAGUGAAAAUGAUGCCCGCUGUGAAGAAUGCAGGCCUAGGAGCAUGGAGAAAUCCUGCCUUUCUUGAAUCCACAAGUCCCUUUGAUUUCAAAUGUGCUGAACUGGUCACAAAGGAGUUACUGAGCAGCUCUCCGAAAGUCAAGGAUGCUGAACUAGGAGCACGGAGAAAUCCUGUUUCUCUUGAAUCCACAAGUGCUAAACUGGUCGCAAAGAAGUUACCAGACAGCUCUCCGAAAGUCAAGGAUGCUGGUUCAGGAGCGAUGAGAAAUCCUGCCUCUCUUAAAUCCACAAGUACGGAUGACCCUAAAUCUGCUGAACUGUUCUCAAAUGAGUUACUGAGCAGCUCUCCGGAAAAAUCAAAUUCAGCUUUACAAUUCACUGAAGAAUCAUUCAGAGAUGAAAGCACGAAGGCAAAGAAAGCCAAAGAGGAGUCUGUUGUCAAAGAGUCAAGAACAGAAGAACUUAGAGGUGAUGAUCUCACACAUGAAGAAGUUUAUAGAAAUACAACAGAAUCUAAAGGUAAGUUGACAACACUAAUAAGAAAGAGUUUUCGUUCAAUAUUAUGUACUUAUUGACUAA